UGCAGCUAAUAGAAACUGGUAGUGUUAUGCACUUUGUAGUGAAAUCAGCAUACAGUUUAAAUAACGUACUAUGAGCCAAGGUCGAAACUCGGAGGAAGUGGUGCACGUGAAUUUACUGUUCUUUGCCAAAUCACGCGAAUUGCGUUGUCUAUCAUCCGCGACAGUAUAAUCAUUGCACACAACGAACAGUACUGUGAAGAUUUGACUAAACCAAUUAAGGUAGCGGACGGUGACGAAAUCGCAGUGAUUCCACCCAUUGCUGGAGGAUAAAUCUUUGGUUAAGAUGAACUAUCUUAAGCUCACGUACGAUAAACUGGACGUGGGAGAAAUCAAUGACCUGGUAGCACAUGAGAGCUGUGGAGCGAUAUCAUUAUUCGUUGGAACAACCAGGGACAAUUUCGAUGGCAAAAAAGUGGUUUUAUUGGAGUAUGAAGCGUAUGAUGCAAUGGCAAUUAAGUCAAUGAACCAAAUAUGCGAGGAAAUGCGUGAACAUUGGCCUGAUAUCAGAAAUAUUGGAAUUCACCAUCGCCUGGGAACGGUUCCUGUCAAAGAGGCAUCAGUCGUGAUAGCCGUUAGUUCGCCACAUCGCAAGUCCAGUCUAGAAGCAGUUCACUUCGCCAUCGAUAAGCUGAAAACGGGUGUACCUGUGUGGAAAAAGGAAAAGUACGCAGAUGGAGAAGGCUCUGAAUGGAAGGAGAACAAAGAAUGCAGCUGGUCAACAAGUCAUAAAAACAAACACUGACACUGUGUACAAACCAUUCAGGGUUAUAUGUAGAUGAAUGAAUAGUUAAAAUUGCGGAAUAGUCUAUUGGGAAUUUUUAGCAUGGAAAAAGUUGACCAUCACUCAGCAGAAUGAUACGGUGCAAUACGCAAAUAUUGUUAAACAAACAAAUAAAUAUAUAUUGAUGUUUUUAUUUGGAA